UCGCCUAUCGACGUCCAUUUUCGAACCCAACGACGCGCCUUUUUUGUUUACGGCUUCUCGGUUUUCGGUUUUUAUUAACUGUAAAACUGCGAAGCGCCAUGGACAAGAUCAGCGGAAGCCCAGGAAACGGCAGCUACGCGGACCAGAACUCGCUGGGCAUCCUGAACAUGGACAAUCUCAAGGUUUUUGGCGAUUUGUCGAGCUUCAGCAGGCGGAGUGGCGCUGGCGCUGGUCGGGAUUCCUCCAACGUCCACGAGCGACUCCGCGAGGAGCGGCUGCGCGCCCUGGAGACCCUGGAAAAGCCGCGGAAGAGCGCUGCCCUCCAGAAGCGCUCCACCACCAACAUCUCGGAAUUAAUGACCGACGAGACCAUCGACCUGAACAGCAGCAGCUCCUUUGUCCUGGCCACGCCCGCCGCCGCCGCCGCCCCCAAGGGCGCCCCCAACAUCUCCUUCGAGCCCGCCGAGAUCACGGGCAGAUCCACGCUCUGCCAGGCGGGAAAACAGCGCCGCCGCGAGAAGCCCUCCCUUUCGGUGGCCGAGAUCCUCAAGUCAUCGUUCGUGGAGAAGGCCCGCCUGCUGGAGAAGAAGCUGCAGGAUGUCAGCCAAGUGGAGGCCAGCUGUCAGGUGUCGCGGGCCAACUCCUCAAGCCUCUCGGACUCGUUCAGCUGCUCCCGCAGCUUGCCGCGCACGGCGGACAUGAGUGAUCUCAGUUUGAACGGCGGCGGGGGAUUCUCCUUUGGCUCUGCUUCGCUGGCGGCCGAUAACCAGGACGAGAGCUUCGCCCCCGCCGAGCUGAUGCAGUCCAAGCUGGUGCUGGGCGAGAUUUCGUGGGCCCAGGAGUUCACAGCCAUGCCGACGGCCACGUUGAGCAACCAGGCAAUGCAGAAGAUUGCCGCCCCACCGCCGCUGACCUCGGAAAUUGAGAGCUCCGUUUCCAACUCCCUUCUGGCCGGAGACCCGGACUUCUCGCUGGGCAACUACUUUCAGACGCGCUCGGAAAACAUCUGGAACAUCGUGAACAACGGCAGUCCGGAUCGCACGCGACCCACUCAACCGCUAAUGGAGCCGGAAUCUGGGGGCGAGAAAACCCCGCUGCCGGAGAACAAGACCUAUACGAAGGCGGAGGCCUCGGGAGGCUCGAAUCUGGGACGCAACCUGAUGCGCAAGAUGCAGCAGGAUCGCAUACAGACGGUGCUAAAGGCCCAGGAGCCCAAAAGGCCGCCCUCGAGCUCCGAGAUCCUCAGCCUCUCUGCUAUUGACAAGGCGCUGCGGGACAUAGAUUUGAAUUCAGACACCUCCACGGUGGAGGUGGUCAACCAUCUGUGGGAGCAUCGACGUGGCUGGAAUGGCGAGGAUGAGGAGAACAAGGAGAACAGGGAGGAGCGUACACUGAGCAACUCCAACACGAUGAGCUUCACCGACUCGGUGCUAAACUCCACGGACUUUCGCCACCUGCAGCAGAGCAGCGUGUCGCGCAAGCCACUCAGUCCGCUGUCCGCCGACCAGCCGCAGAUCACCAUCAGCCGUGCGGCCACCGAACCCGUGGAGACGGAGGCCGAGGCGGAUAUCGAUGAGUGGCCCUCGACGCCGGUGAAGGAGCCUAGCCGGCGCGUAAGGCGCACCAAGAUCUCCCCCAGGGCCGCCAGUCCAGCGAGUAGCGAUGGUUUGCGUUUACUAACCUGCACAGAGGACGAAACCGAUGAGGACAAGACGCCGGUGAACAAGAAGAGGGUUUCCAUCUCCACAAUUCCCGGGCUAAUGCCGAGGAAUCCCUCCUCCCUGAGCAGCACACGCUUGGAUGGCUGCGAUUUGGCAAGCAAUAGCUUGGCCAAGAACCUAUCGCCCUUGUCCUCGCCGCGCAGCUGCCUCUCGUCGCCGCUGCUGGACAGCACCACCAGUUCCGAGCGCCGGCAGCUCAUGAGUGGUGGAGUAGCAGGAGCAGCAGCAGCACGUAAGGCCAACUCCUCGCCGGCGGGCAGCGAGGCGAGCUCCACCAGCGGAUUCACAACGAAACGUGGCCUGGGAACCAGUUCUCUCACCGCACCGCGCAGCAUUUCGCGCUGCUCCAACUCCAGUGAGUUUAGCCACCGUGAUGGGAAGCUUCUCCCCCUGAAAGUGACCCACACGAGCCUCUGCUGGGGCAGCACAAAGCUGCGGACAGACGUACGCAAGUCCAUGCAGGUGAAGAACACGGCGGACAAGCGACUGGUCAUCCGGCUGGGCAUCCAGGGACCGGGAUUCCAGCUCGUUGGCUCCGACAGCAGCACCAUCACACUGCAGGCCAUGGAAUGCCGCUCGGUGGUGAUUAACUUUUGUCCCACUGUCUGUGGCGCGGCCAUCGGAGCGUUGUCCUUUUAUGCGCCACCUGGAGCAAAUAACAGCAGUCAGCCGGGCUUGGAGAUCCCACUGUACGGCUAUGGAGGCAGUGCUUCAAUCAGCAUACAGGGUUUGCUCAAGGGACCCGUGGGCGCCAGCUUCCUCACCAUCGGCGAUGUGUGUGAACUUUCAGCCGGUCCUCUAACUGCAAGCCUAAGGUUCCACAACAAGGGUCCACUGACCGCUUUUGUGGGCAUUUCAGUGGACUCCACAGUGCUAAUGAAACUAAGACUAAGCGAAGCCUUUGAAGUGCGUCCCAGUCGGAUGAUCUUGCCGCCGAAUAGCGAGGGCAGCGUGCAGAUCCUCUUCCGUCCAAAUCGGGAGGAUCUAAAGAACAUACUCAAGAAAACGGCUCAGGUUUUAACCCUAGCAAACAUGCGGAUUUUCUGCGGCGACGAGCCUAAUAGGCAGCGCAUGCGCAGCUUGGUUCAAAGGAUGAGCAGUCGUCAGCGGGAGAAGCUCACGUCGCCCAUGCUGGAAAGCAUUUGGGGUGAAUUUCCGGAGGAACAGCCGGUGCGGAAUAUCGGGCAGCUCAACGAACCGCCCGAAUUCAUUCUGGAUUUGGUCACCGUGGUGCGGAUCAUCGAUGUGGCGCUCACGCUGAAUCGCGACUUUGAUGAGUCGUCGGAGAGUUCGCUAAUGUUCCUGCCGGAGGCUGAGGAAACCGUGCUGUUCCGAACGAUUUGCGUGGCCAGUUCGCCGACGCCCACGCAGAGUAACCUGCUGGAGCCCGUGGAUGAGUUAAUGGAGGCGGACACCACCACCUUGAUGAUGCCCUUGGAGCGGAAUUGGUCUGUGCAGCCUGCUGCGCUGGAAUUUGGAGUGGGCGGCUCUUCCCUGGCCACUUUGUCCGUGACAAACAGCUUCCGUUCGCGUCAGCUCAUCGAGAUUAGCUGCAGUGUACCGAAUCUGGUGAGGAUCAGCCCCACCGAGUGCUAUGUGGCGCCGGAUGGCGGUCAGGCGGAGAUCGAUGUCCGCCUGCUGCGAUCGCCCAGGCGGGAUUCAAUCGAAGGGGAGCCAAUGAUCGUGGUCUCCAUGGAGAGCGAGCGCAUCAAUGUGCCACUUAGCUUUAAGUUUUGAAUCUUAUUUG